CGACAGGCUUGUUAUGAUUUGUUUUAGCUUGAAAUCUUCAACAUAUGUGAUUGGGUCUUACUUCAGUUCGUUAUUGCAAUGGCCUCAGGCAUUGGUGACCCAGCGGAUCCCAGAUCGCCGGAGGCGGGUUUGCCUUCCUUGAUCUGCGUCGAAUAUCCCGGAGUGGUGCAGAACGUGGACACCAUGAUUGCCACCUUGGGAGGCCUCAACACCAUCGCCGAAGUGGUGGAAGAGCCCAAUCGGCGAUUGGAGUUGCGAUUCCGACCCGACGAUAUCUCCUGCAAACCCACUUGUGGCGAACGAACCGUAGACACGGGCAUGAUUCUCAAGGUCAAGCGAUGGAAGAGGAAAAAGAAGCCCCACCCACCUCCAAACCCGUCUCUUCAACCGGCAGAUUCUGGAGUGUCGGAUCCAACCGAGGAGUAUAAGUACGACGUGAAAGUCAUGGGAUCGGUGGAUGUCAAGUUCAAGUUCAGUAACUUGUGUGACUUUCAAUAUCUCCCCAUGCGAAAGGCCCGGAACGGGUCGGGCUACGAGUCCAUUUAUGAGAGCGUGUUCUUUGAUAAACUCGUCGAUUCGGCGUGGUUGAGUCAGGAUUCGCCCUUGUUUCUCCCACCAGCGGCCUUUUCCCGCAUGGAUGUACCCCAAGACUAUCAGUUUAGGCGGGAGGCGGCCGCCGAUAAAACCUCCUUGGAUACGCCCUACAACAUAAUCGGUCGCACCCGACAACGCCGAUCCCAUCACGCGAUUUUCAUCACGUACGACAUGGACGAGGUGCCGCAACGAGCUCGAGACUUUGCCGCCAAUCAACUCAAGGUCAAAUUUAUAUCGCAUGGGGACCAAGAUGUGGUCAUUCAGCGCUUCGAAGAGCAACCCGUGUGGUCGAAAAAUGCCUUGCACGCUAUCACGGGCAUCAUGCCGGAUCGGCUGAAGUAUAUUUUGCCGGCUAUUGCCUAUUACUUCACCACGGGGCCAUGGCGGAACCAGUGGGUUCGGUUCGGUUAUGACCCGCGAAAGGUGGUGGAAGCGGCCCAAUUUCAAACCAUGGACUAUCGGGUUCGUUUACAUGCCGGGGCUCGCCAUCGGGUCAAGGCUAAGCGGAGCUAUGCCAACUAUUUGUUGCCCUAUAAGGCCAUGAAUUGGUCCAAGCCCAAAACAUCCCUGAUUGAUCGCGAUUCAUUCAGUAACAUUGUUGUGACUGGUGACGGAAAGGGCAAAGAGUCCACGCCUCCAAUUUCGGUCACGAACGUGGCCAAUGAGAGGUCCGAAGCUGACAAAGAUGCCAAGGCCGAUGUGUAUAUUUUUCGCAAAGGUCGGAUCCCUCCUUAUCGACAAAUGUUUUACCAGUUCAAAGAUCUUCUAUUAGAAGAAGCUCAACAAGUGAUCCAGUCGAGCUUAAAGCCCGGCCCCAACCCCAAAUGUGACGAGAGGAAUGGAUGGUUUGUCCCUGGAACGGAUCAAAGGCUAAGGGAUAUCCUCACCAAAGCCAUCAAUGAGGUCAUUGUUCAACAACGCGAUGAGGAGCAAACUCAAGAGGAUAAUGGAAAAAGUGCCGCCUUCAACUUGGGUGACUCUUCCGAUGACGAUGACGACGACGAUGAUGAGGAUACGCGGUUGUCCGACUCUGACGACGAUUGAACCAAGUUGGUGUUCCUUAAAUGACUUCUUAAGGCACUUUUGAAACCCACGAUCGCUUUCCGGGCUUCGUCUCAAACAUUCCUAUCUCGUCCCAGGUUCUAUGCUAUAGUUGAAUUCAUUCUUGCGAUCGUUCAAAGCAAUACAAAAUCGAUUUGCCUUGAG